AUGUCUUCCAUUGUGCCUCCCCAGGGUGAUGUUUUGGGGUCUCUCCUUCUACGAUCAAGUACUCCAGCCAUUGAUGAGAAAGUUCUCAUGUACCUCGAGGGCCUCAGGCCAGGUAUGGACGACAGCGACACAGUACAAACUCCUCGCACGAAGGCUUCCAGCGUAGCUCGUAGCCAAGCAAGCUCUUGGAGGCAGCGUGGUUACGCUAACGGAGAGGACGAAGAUGAACUAGCCUCCAACGUGCAGGAAGGAAAACAAUCUACGCUUGGGUCUAUGGUGCGGCGCAAUGGAGUGGUGAGCAGCAACAUCCUUGAUCAUUUUUCCUCGUUGUAUUCAAGAGAUAGCCUCGUCAGCCUGGGCCCGAUGAUCAGCCUGGGCCUCACUAUGCGUCUUUUGGUUCAUCGUUCGGUAAUUUUGGACCUCUCCCACCAGACAGUGCGUACGGUGGAGCUGGAGCUGUGA